UCAAAGGUGGGUUUGGUGUGUGUGUGUGUCGUAUAUAUAAGACCGAGAGUCCACACAAUGAGCAGAACACUGAUGACCCUCCUCAUCCUCACUGACUGAUGAAGAGCUGCUCUAUCAACUCACUUCUACUACACUAAAGGCUCCCGUGUGGCCCCUGGACUCCUCUGUGUGUUUACCGCGGUAAAGGCUCUCUCAGCAUCAUGCCUCCUCAGCUGCAGUCAGGGAAGCAGCCCAGUGCUCGUGUGCUGCAGGGCGACCUGGCGUCUCUGAGCGCGCCCCUGCGAGAGUUCAUCGAGAGCAGUGUGAGUCUGUGUCAGCCGGACGCUCUGCACAUCUGUGACGGCUCCGAGGAGGAGAACCGCUCCGUCCUGCGUCUCCUGGAGGAGCAGGGAGUCAUCAAGAGACUCGGCAAAUACAGAGACUGCUGGCUAGCGCGCACAGACCCGCGAGACGUGGCUCGUGUGGAGAGUAAGACAGUGAUCGUGACGGCGCAGCGGCGAGACACGGUUCCCUCUCGGAGAGACGGCGGCGUCAGUCAGCUCGGACGCUGGAUGUCCCCGGAGGAAUGGGACAAAGCCAUGAACCUGCGCUUCCCGGGAUGCAUGAAAGGUCGUGUGAUGUAUGUGAUCCCGUUCAGCAUGGGCCCCGUGGGCUCUCCACUCUCUAAGAUUGGUGUGGAGCUGACCGACUCUCCGUAUGUGGUGGCCAGCAUGAGGAUCAUGAGCCGUGUGGGUAAAGCCGUGCUGACCGCGCUGGGGAACGGAGAGUUUGUGAGGUGUCUGCACUCGGUCGGCUGCCCGCUGCCACUCAAGAAGCCGCUGGUCAAUAACUGGCCGUGUAACCCUGACCUCACGCUCAUCGCUCACAUCCCUGACCAGAGGAGGAUCGUGUCGUUCGGCAGCGGAUACGGAGGAAACUCACUUCUGGGGAAGAAGUGCUUCGCUCUCCGUAUCGCGUCCCGCAUCGCUAAAGAGGAGGGCUGGCUGGCCGAACACAUGCUGAUUCUGGGCAUCACUAACCCGGCGGGACAGAAGAAGUACUUCGCCGCAGCGUUCCCGAGCGCCUGUGGAAAGACCAACCUGGCCAUGAUGAAGCCGUCGCUGCCGGGCUGGAAGGUGGAGUGUGUCGGGGACGACAUCGCCUGGAUGAAGUUUGACAAAGAAGGCAAUCUCAGAGCCAUCAACCCAGAGAACGGCUUCUUCGGUGUGGCUCCAGGAACCUCCACCAAGACCAACCCCAACGCCAUGGCCACCAUCCGCCAGAACACCAUCUUCACCAACGUGGCCGAGACCAGCGAGGGCGGCGUGUACUGGGAGGGCAUGGACGAGGAUCUGCCGGCCGGCGUGACGCUGACCUCCUGGAAGAACCAGCGCUGGACGGCGGAGGACGGAGAACCCUGCGCUCAUCCCAACUCACGCUUCUGCACGCCGGCCGCUCAGUGUCCCAUCAUCGACCCGCAGUGGGAGUCUCCCGAAGGCGUCCCCAUCGAGGCGGUGAUCUUCGGCGGCCGGCGUCCGCAGGGAGUCCCUCUGGUGUACGAGGCCUUCAGCUGGGCUCACGGGGUGUUUGUGGGAGCCGCGAUGAGAUCCGAAGCCACGGCGGCCGCUGAGCACAACGGGAAGGUGAUCAUGCACGACCCCUUCGCCAUGCGUCCGUUCUUCGGCUAUAACUUCGGUCAGUAUCUGUCUCACUGGCUGAGUAUGGAGCAGCGGCCCGACGCCAAGCUGCCCAAGAUCUUCCACGUCAACUGGUUCCGCAAGAGCUCUUCCGGACGCUUCCUGUGGCCCGGAUACGGAGAGAACAUCCGAGUGCUGGAGUGGAUGUUCGGCAGGAUCGACGGCGAGGCCGGAGCGGAGUCCACCGCGGUCGGGUUCGUUCCCUCGGCCGGCGCUCUGAACCUCCACGGCCUGCCGGAGGACCUGGACCUCAGAGAGCUCUUCAGCAUCCCAGCAGACUUCUGGACGCGGGAGGUGGAGGACAUCAGAGCGUACUUCCAGCGCGAGGUGAACGAAGACCUGCCCGAAGAGAUGCAGAGACAGCUGGAGCAGCUGGAGCAGAGAGUCAGACGCCUGGAAUCUGUUCAUCAGACAGAAGAACUCAUCUUUUAG